AUGGCUAUACAUGAUACUGAGGAGAUCAUAGCAAAAAAGGCAUUCUUUAGGUUUCAAAACUUGAAUGGAAGCUCAGGUUUAUUAGUUGCAGCUCAAGAUGCUACAGAAGAUGAGGAAGCUGUGGAAGAUACUAUAGUUGAAGAUGAAGAUGAUGAAGCUGAAGUUGAAGAAGAUGAGCCAACAGACUUGACAGAAGAAAAAGAGGAAGAAGACUUGUCAGGAGAACCUAAAGCCUCACCUAGUGCUGAUACAACCAUCUUAUUUGUGAAAGGGGAAGACUUUCCAGCGAACAACAUUGUAAAGUUUCUGGUGGGCUUCACCAACAAGGGUACAGAGGAUUUCAUUGUUGAGUCUCUUGAUGCUUCUUUCCGGUACCCUCAAGACUACCAGUUUUACAUCCAGAACUUCACAGCUCUCUCUCUGAACACAGUAGUUCCACCCCAGAGACAAGCCACGUUUGAGUACUCCUUCAUCCCUGCUGAGCCAAUGGGUGGGCGUCCUUUUGGUCUGGUUAUCAAUCUCAACUACAGAGAUGCAAAUGGCAAUGUUUUUCAAGAUGCUGUCUUCAAUCAAACUGUUACAAUUAUUGAAAAAGAAGAUGGGCUGGAUGGAGAAACGAUCUUCAUGUACAUGUUCCUCGCUGGGCUUGGUCUGCUGGUCAUUGUUGGCCUACAUCAGUUACUAGAGUCUAGGAAGAGGAAAAGACCGGUACAGAAAGUAGAGAUGGGAACAUCAAACCAGAACGAUGUUGAUAUGAGCUGGAUUCCCCAAGAAACUUUAAAUCAAAUAAUGCAGAGUAGAAGAGAUAAAGCUUCACCAAGGAGGUUGCCCUACAAGAGGGCACAGAAGAGACCAGUGGGCUCUGAUGAGUCCCUGGGCCACUUGGACGCGAGCUUCCCAUCAGUCUCACGAGAGGAGAGGCGAUUCAGAAAGCAUCACCGCAGCAGGACUUAGGAAGAUGUGGAUGCUUCAGCUUCACUGCAAUUCCCUGGCCUCCAGAGCUGGAUACACAACUCAGAUGAUUCUUUGGCUCACUGUGAAAUGGGUUUUAUUUAUAGGAAGGCAUAUGAAAUGCAGCUAAGGCAGCUCUGACAAGCUAAAACAAAAAAUUUGUCUCUUUUUUGACACAUGCAUGUGGCUUUUGAAUACAUCCUGAAGAGUUUGCGGCCAUAAACAUUUAUGCAAGAAGAAAACAAUGGUAGCAGAAACCUAUUUAAUUUAUUUAAAAAAUGACUGGCACACUACAUGAUGGGAGGAUGUUCACCUAUGUGACCAUUAAUUAAAGAAGAGAAUCCUGACCCUGCCGAUGCAGGAAAAUCAGCACUUUUCUGCUGUCUCGCUGUGUUGAGGAACUGCACCGGGAGACAAGCAGUGUUUCAAAGGGGCCUGGCUACCAGAAAAUGAAAUGUGCUGAAAAUGAACACGAGUUUUCAGACUGCUGCAAUCAUCUCCAGCUCAAACUCAGAACAACCAAAGGAAAAGAAAGUGAUCCACUGGCACAGAUAAACUCCAGCUUGCACGUCGUCCUCCAGCAGAGCUGAGUCUGAGAACAAGGCACCACAAACCCACAAGAAGAGCCACGCCCAUUUCAUAACCUGUAAUUUUUAAAUAUAACAUUUUAUUGCUUAGAUGGUUUGAUACAGAACAAGUUUUACUUUUUAUUUUGAAUUUGGAAGUACUGUACAACUGAAAAAAAAAGAGGAAUAAAAGUACCAAAACAAUGUGUGAUUCUCUGUUCAUGUGGCAUAAACCAGUCUUGUACACAAUUCGUAGCAGCAGUUUAAGUUCCCUUUAGAAAAAUAUGAAUUCUACACAUUUAUUACUGUUUCCUGCAUGGGAUGAAAUCACUAGGAUUAAACUUCCUUCGUGGAGAGAGAAGAGAGAGAAAGGAGACACACAGAGAGGAAAGAGAAGAUGAAUCAUUCUGAAAAUGGAAUCAGACUGUCACAUAGCCCCCUAAAGUUAUUUCACAACAGCCUCAAACAAGGUUCUCUCUUUUUUUUUUCCUUUAUUUUUUUUUUUGCGCUUUCACAGUCAAGUGCUUAAUGUAGUGAUUGAAUUAUCUCCAUGUUAAGUCCAUUGCAACUCAGGCAAAAGAAUUUUAAUUUUUUUUUGUUUUCUUUUUGUUUUGUUUUUGUUUUUUUGUUUUUUGUAAAAGCCCUGAGAGAGGAAAAAAAUAAAAAGAUUCAAACGAAAAUCGUAUAGAGACAAAUUAGCUGAACAUGCAAACUAAAGCCUAAGAUUCACCCAUAGUUUAAACACAUUAUAAAUUUCACAGUUUAAUAUUGGGGGAGGAAGGGAAACAAAAAAAAACCCCAACAACAGCAACAGUUCUCAGUCAAACUCAACUAAUAAAAAUGUCAAUAAAAUGUGGCAAGACCUUAUACUCUACUAGGAUAUAGAUAAAGGCUAAAUAAAGCUUUAAAUCAAUAGUGAUUAUUGCUAGCAGAUGUCCCGGCAGGCUGCUGGGAAUUAAUUACUUGCUACAUUGUUCUGCAGCAUAUAGUUUAGUAAUGGCUUCUCCCCCACAGUAUUGCGCAGUUUAGUGUGGAGAGUUGCAAAAAAAACCCCCAAAACAAAACAACAAAACAACAACCCCAAAAUAAACAAAAAAAUUACAAAAACCAAAAAAU